AUGAAAGUCGAGGUAACUGAAUCAAAUGUAGAAGAGCUACGUGUUAGAUUCAGCAAGAAUUGUUUGCCUUCAUGGUGGGAUACGAUCCGCUCUCGCUACUCUGAGUCUCAAAGAAGAUACCACACGUUGUCGCAUCUGAAGAACCUGCUCUCGCUGUUGGACACUUACCCUGUACACAAUCCUCUAGCGGUUGAGCUUGCUAUCUGGUUCCACGAUGUGAUCUAUGACCCAACUCGGCACGACAACGAGGAACAAAGCAUCGUCGUAUUUGAAAAAUACGCAGUUGAUGCUUCGAUUGAGCCAACCGUGGCAGAGGAAGUGACGACCAUGAUACGAGCAACAAUCUCACAUAAACUACCCGAAACCGGCGUCACCGACGAUUUGAAACUCUUUCUGGACUUUGAUCUUGAAGUGCUCAGUUGGUUGUGGUCUGACUAUGAAGAGUACUCCAAAGCGAUACGGCAGGAAUACAUACAUAUGCCAGAUUCAGACUAUACGGCUGGCCGUGCUGGUGUUUUAGAGCGAUUUCUGGGGAGGCCGAGGCUCUACUUCUCUGAGGAGUUCUUUGCAACGAGAGAACAGCGGGCUAGGGGGAAUCUGAGGAAGGAAAUUGAAAUUUUGAAACAGCAAUAA